CUUGCGGUCGUUCCUCAUCUAUGAUUUCACCCUCUCAUUCAACACCCAAAGUUUAACCAUCUGCGCAUUCCUUUUUGGGAUCAAUUAAACUACUAAACCAUAAUGGUUGGUUUUAAUCAAGCACAGCUAUGACAUUUUUGUACUUUUAAAAACCAGCUAAUUUCUUUUCAUCAAACACAUUUUUGAGGUGGACGUGUUUCUAUCUGUAUAUAACCAAGGGAAUUAGACACCCGUUCAGUUGAAAGAGUUCAGCUGAACACCCCAAAGAUGGCCAACCACACCGUUACCUUUCUCCCUAAACUAUCCAUUGAAGCUAUUCAGACAGUGACUCCGAUGAGGAUAACUGAACCACGACAGACUCGACAAGUAUUGGCAGGGGAGCUUGUAGGACCCGGGAUUUUCCAAAGGUGUUUGAACGUGGUCCAGUAUUAUAUGAAGGAGAAAGAAGAAGACUCUGGUUGGUUACUGGCUGGGUGGAUCAAGGAAACACUUGGGAGAGCUUUACAUGAGCAACCAAUGAUUUCUGGUCGUCUUCGGAAAGGGGAACGAAACGAUGGAGAAUUGGAGAUUGUUUCCAAUGACUGCGGCAUUAGACUCAUUGAGGCAAGGAUUCAGAUGAAUCUGUCGGAUUUUCUUGAUUUGAAACAAAGGGAAGAUGCUGAAGCUCAGCUUGUUUUCUGGAAAGAUAUUGAUGAGCAAAACCCACAGUUCUCCCCACUCUUUUAUGUUCAGGUUACUAAUUUCCAGUGUGGUGGAUAUUCAAUUGGGAUUAGCUGCAGUAUUCUUCUGGCAGAUCUUUUGUUAAUGAAAGAAUUCCUUAAGACAUGGGCAGAUAUUCACAACAAGGUUAUUAUCAACAAGAACGAUGAACAAAAGCUUCCUUUAUUCUACCUUCCUGGUCUGAAAAACACCAAUGGUGCCUCCCCUAACAUCAUCACCUCAAAUUCAAGCAAAAACUCAGCCAAAACCAUGAUUUUCCAGAUCCAAGCUGAAACUGAAAGUCCAGGGAGUGACUGGUGCAGGAAAAUGGCAUUAGCCUGUCUGGAGGAAGCCGAGAGCAACCUAGGAAGUGUUGUGGGUGGAGAAUUUUCCUUGUUUGUGAACGAAUCGUUUGAGUCCAUCAAAGUUGAAAGCUGCUCAAAGCAAGGGAUGUCGAAAGAAGCAGAGAUGGGAGUCUUGAACCGUGCAAAAUGGGAUGAUUUGGGGGCUAAUGAAGUUAGUUUUGGAGAUGGGAAUAAACCUGCGCAUGUUUCGUAUUGGCUUAGAUCGACGUUGGGUGGGCUUAUCAUUGUUAUUCCUUCUCUUCAGGAAGAUAAAUACACUGUGAAUAUCAUUGUCACAAUUCCCAGCAAGUAGAGGGGCCAUUAAACUAUCAGCAUGAAUCGAAAAUGCUAAUAAUUUCUCCUUUUAUUUGUCAUUUAAAUCUGUUGGCAUUGCCAAGCUUGUUCUCCCUGUAUUGUUUAAACUUCUAAAAUUUAAUGUGUUUGAUUUGAA